CAAUUUUAUAGUAGGACGGUGUCGCUCGUUCUUCUUUUUCCGAUCAGCUAGUGAAGUAGACGCCGAGCCAUGGCCGGAAGGAGUCAACCUCCGUACAGGCCAAGACCCAAUUUUUCCUCUUCUUCUUCCAGAUCCUUCCAUCCUUCUCAACCUUCCCGCAACUCUCAGUCCCACCACACCAAAAAUGUCAAUUUUUCUACGCCUAAUAGUACCCAAAUUGAGAACAACGCUUCCGACAAGAAGACGAGCUCAAGCAGUUGGGAUAAAUCCAUUGAUGAAGAUAUUGAUGACAUUCAGAAUUUAGUUGGAACUUGCCCUUUCAUGUGUCCUGUUGAGGAGAGGGAAAAGCGAGAAAGGCUGCGAGACUUAGCUGUGUUUGAGAGGCUACAUGGAAAUCCUCGUCAAUCAUCACCAAGCCUUGCUGUUAAAAAGUUCUGCAGAACUAUAUCCGUAAAGACUUUGCAAGAUUCUGAUGUGAGGCCUCUCUCGGUGUUGGAAGAUACUUUGAACUAUCUGUGUAACUUGCUGGACUCUACUGAGCAUCCCUUUGAGGUGGUUCAUGACUUUAUCUUUGAUAGGAUGAGGUCCAUUAGACAAGAUCUGAGUAUGCAAAAUAUCUCUUGCAGUCGAGUGGUCUCUAUGUAUGAGAGAAUGGUUAAAUUCCAUAUAAUUUCCCAGCAUAAACUUAGAAGAUGUAGCGGUUCAAAUAUUUCUUCGCUGUCAUACCUCAACAUGGAGCAGCUAACGAAGGCAUUGGCGACUUUAUUUAAUCUUUAUGAAGCAAAUCGAACUACAGCGUCCAUCUUCGAAAAUGAAGCUGACUUUUUUUCCUUUUAUGUGCUUCUCCACCUUGAUUCCAAAACCCAAGGAACAGGGGAGACACUAUCUUUAUGGUUUCGCCGUGUUCCUUCUCACAUUAUGAAGUCGACAGAAAUGAAUUUUGCUCGGAAGAUCUUGAGAUACUUUAAAUUGGGCUUCUACAAGAAAUUUAUUCAUACAACUGAGUCCGAGGCAUCCUACUUGCAGUAUUGUAUUAUUGAACCUUCUAUCAAUGAGGUUCGAGCACUAGCUAUUUCCUGUGUGAAUUAUGGAGGAUACAAGCCUCAGCCUUUUCCCUUGGCGACUCUUUCCAAACUCCUAAUGAUGAAGGAAUGGGAUGUAGCAUCUUUCUGCAAUGACAGUGGCCUUCAAACCUCCGUCGACGAAGAAGGAAAUAGCUGCUUGCCUACCAAGCAAACAACUCUUAUCCAUCCAAAGGGAGGGCUGCACAAGUAUUAUCCUCUGGAAUCAGAACGGUUUGAGAGGUUUUCUGUUGAACUGUAAGAGCUUUGAUGGUUCAGGGAUGAAAAUUUGUCCGAAAGCAUUCAAUUUGCCGAGACGAUAAAGCUGUUAAGCUGGUUGGAUUCAUAAGAACACUGGAGCUCUAGAUCAAAUUUACUUAACAGUAAUUUUAAUGUUGCUCAAUGCCAAUUAGAUGUGUUUUAAAGUUUGUAUUAUAUGAACCGAAAAAAAUAACAAUUUGUAUUUUGCAUAUUUCUGGAAUCUAAUUGUAAAUGUUUCACCCUCACAGUUCCUCUCUUCGCGAGGCAUUAUAUCUACUUCAUAUGU